UGCAUGUCUUCUCACCGCUGAGGAAAACUAUCGAUAAAUCGAGUGGGACCCCCCCGACUGCGGAGAGCACCACAUUUUAUCUCCCAGAACGACCUGCAGGAGUCGACUACAACCCUUCUGACAUCACUGCAAGGGUGUGGGAGUCCUCAUCGGCCCCAUGGCUCUGCAGGAGCUGGGUAUCAGCCUCUCCAUGAUCGGCUUCGCUGGGACCAUCCUGAUCUGCGCUCUGCCCAUGUGGAAGGUGACCGCGUUCAUCGGCACCCACCUGGUGGUCAUGCAGGUGUUCUGGGAGGGUCUGUGGAUGACUUGUGUCAGUGAGUACACGGGUCAGAUGCAGUGUAAGCUCUACGACGCCCUGCUGGACCUGUCGCCGGACCUCCAGGCAGCUCGAGGCCUCAUCUGCAUCAGCCUGGUGCUGGGAUGUUUGGGAUUCCUCAUCUUCCUCCUGGGAGCUCGCUGCACCAACUGCCUGAGCCACCCGAGGAUCAAGGCUCGCCUGGUGCUGAGUUCGGGGGCCACCUUCUGUCUGGGAGCCCUGACCACUAUAGUUUCUGUUUCCUGGACGGCCAACUCCAUCAUCAGCGACUUUCACAACCCACGAGUCCCUGAGGUGCUGAAGAGGGAGCUUGGAGCGGCCAUUUAUAUAGGCUUUGUCACCUCUGGGCUGCUGUUUAUAGGAGGAGCCAUUCUGUGCACGAGCUGCCCCCCACAGAGGCCCAGGUUCCCCACCAGUGGGUACACACUAGCCAGGACACCCACACACAGCAGCUACGCCGUCAAGAACUACGUGUGAGGUGACGACUGAGGGCCGAACACAGAUCAGAUCAGAAAACACGUCACAAACAAUUUCCCACUUCAGGAUUAAAGGAUGAAACUGUGUGAUAGAAGCAAAUAGCCGUAUGUACAUACACUGAUGACUAACAAGUGAAGUGAAUAACAUUGAUUGUGUGGCGAUGCAAUGUCCUGCGAGGAAACGCCAUGUUCUGGUAUCAUGUGGGUGACACGCACCAUCAACCCUGUUGCAGAACAAGUACACCCUCUCGUGGCCACAGCACUCCCCAAUAUCAUUGUUCCUCCUGUCAAUGUUUCCUGACAAACUGCAGGAAGGAACGACCUGUGGAGCGUGUGUUGAGUCUUAUAAGUUCGUAGUUGUAGAUUUGUAGACGUACAUCUCCCUCUCUGCCCGCCCAGAAGGUAGAGUUACGCUAAGAUCAUGUUCAGAUUCACGAGCUUCUGUGUUCAGAGGUUCUUCUUCCCCUCCCUGAACAGUAUCUCAUCCACAGUGAGGAGGAGGAACACUUGUUGUGGCAGCUGUAGGUCGAUAAGCUCACAUUUGGAGCAUUUCUGGUCCUCUAACAUCUUCACUACAUCUCACACGAGAGAUGCAUCAGCUCCAUGAACUCCAAAUGCUCCCAUCAACCUGGUUUAGUUAAGCAUGUGUCCACUGAAUGUGCUCAACAGAGGGUUCUGAUAUAUUCAGGGUUCAGAGAUAGCUUUAUAUGGAUAUUCUUCAUUAGGUUUAAUUAGACAUGGAUGACAAA